AUGUCGUACCUCUAUGAUAUCAAGAACAAAGAUAUUGAGAGUUGUUUAUCAUCACUUUUCGAAGCUACUCCUAUCGUCUUUGUAGAUAAUUCAAGCCUGCUUGAUCUGGAUAAUUAUAUUGAAGAUGAAAGACAAACUGCUACCAACCCAAGUGCUUCUGCAUUUGAUGUGCAUUCCGCCAGCAUCACAGACUUUUUGUCUUUGAAAAUGAAUGGCAACAGAAGCCGUUCAUGCUACAUUGAUGCUCCAUUUAAUUUGUUUUUAGAUGUGUCAUUCCUUUCAUCAAAGAAGAAUUCCCCGAAGCGUGCGACAAAAGAAACAAGGGAAAAAGAAAAUACUUUCACCAAGGGUGAAAUGGAUGCUUCCUACUUUUGCUUGGAUUGGUUCCUCUCUGGUUUAUCUGAUAGAACAAAAACAUCUCAGAAGAGCACUCUUGCUUUAGAGAAAAAAGAUUGAAUGCUUUGCCUUUCAUCAAAGGGAAUUUCCCUCGUAAAAAAUAAGGCAACGCAAUCAAGCAAAAAUAUGAACUUCCAAUAUGCUGUCUAUGACUUUUCAAAGGAUACGUUGUCUGGUGUAAUUGGAUCAGAAUCUAAGAAUAAUGAAAAAGAAGCAAAAAAUCAACUUGACAAAGCAGAUCCCAACUACAAGCCCAAAAGAAAAAAUGUCUCCGCAUUAUUGAAUUGUAAUUGCAGUAAUACAUGACACUUCUGAGACUAAAGAAAGCAACUUUGGGUAUCACUAUUAAUAAGUGUCUAAUAAAAGUGGCACUUCUUAUGUUUGAUUUUGUGC